UUGAAACAGAUUGUACUACAACUCUACGGGUCGCAAUGGCUGCUGCACCGCAAGGACAACAAGUUUUACUGUUCAGUUAAACAAGUUCUAUGUGAGGAACACCUUGGACGGAUUCGUCUAAGCCACUCUUGUUUAAUGUGAGACACUCGUAGGAUAACAGAAAGAUGUCCCAGGGAUGUAUAACUUCUGUGGAGGAGAUCCAGUCUUGGUGGGAAGUCCCCGCCAUAGCGCACUUCUGCUCUCUCUUCAGGACGGCGUUCAGUUUACCAGACUUUGAAAUCGAGGAACUUGAGCAAGCACUACUGAAACAAGACCAAGACUUCCUCUCAGACCUCCUUUGCUCCCUGCUGAAAGGAUGUUAUCAACGCAGCGACAUCACGAUUCAGUCCUUUAGCAGUUAUCUGGAAGACAUCAUCAAUUACCGUUGGGAACUGGAAGAAGGGAAGCCCAAUCCACUGAAGGAGCGCCGAUUUGAGGAGCUACCACCCCGUACACAGGUGGAGCUUUUGCACAGACUCUGUGACUAUCGUCUUGAUGCUGCUGAUGUCUUCGACAGGCUCAAGGGCCUGGAUGCCGACAGUUUGCGUGUUGAGCCUCUGGGCCAGGAUGGGAACGGGGCCCUCUAUUGGUACUUUUACGGUACACGGCUCUACAAAGAGGAGCCAGUCGAAGGGAUGUCUCCACAAUACAGUGACAUUUAUGACAAUGUGUCUGUGAAGAAGAGAAGAGGGAGGCCACCAAAGAAGUCUGAGGAUAUUGAUGAAUCUAUGGAGGAGGAGGACGAGGAGGAUUCUGUGAAGAAAGAGGAUGAAAGUGUCGGGGAGUCUAAACCUGAAAUAGAGCGUCAGCGGGGUGUCUGGUCUCUGAUGUGUGACUCCGAGGAACAGUGGGCCAAUCUGGCUGAAAGUAUUAAGGACCGAAUUUCUUCUCAGGACCGCCACCUGCACCGCAUCAUUACUCAAAACUUCCUGCCUGAGAUCAGUAACAUGAUUGAACACAAGGAGAAAGAGAUGAUGCAGAAACUACUGAAUCCAUCUGAGGAACACAACAGCUACACUGAACCACAUGGCAGUAAAGAGAAUUGGCAGACACGAGCCACAAUUGAGGUGGAGAAACAGAGGGAGGAGGACCUGGAAAGGCAAGUCCUGCUCGCUGAACAACGUAAAGAAGAAGAGAGACUGCUUCAGGAAGAACGGGACAGAGAAGAACAGGAACGAGUCAAAGCUGUCGAGGAGCGUGCACGUAGGAGGAAGCAGCGAGAGGAGAAGGCCUGGUUGCUCUCCCAAGGGAAAGAACUUCCCCCUGAGCUGCUAAAUUUGGAGACCCACUCACCUAUUCGUCGAGCACGCCGUACCAAAGAGUUUUAUGACAUGGAUGACGAUUACACAGCUCUCUACAAAGUGUUGGAGGCCCUCAAAGCUCAAAAAGAUGCCUGGCCCUUCAUGGAGCCCGUUGAUGAGUCAUAUGCCCCCAACUAUCAUGAAAUCAUACAGACUCCAAUGGACCUGUCCACCAUUGAGAGAAAGCUGAAUGAUGGGGAAUACGUUGCUAAGGAUGAGUUUGUGGCUGAUGUAAAGCUUAUGUUUGAGAACUGUCUGGAAUACAACGGAGAAGAGAGUGAAUACACAAUAAUGGCUGAGUCCUUAGAACGCUGCUUUAACCGAGCCCUACUGAAGCAUUUCCCUUCUGAGGAUGGCGACACAGACGAGGAGUUUCACGUGAACAGUGAGGACCGUGACCGCAAGGAUAAGAAAAAGAGCAAAAGUCACAAACAGUCAGGUCCUGAGAGCUUGAUCAGAGCAACUGAGCAAGUUCAAAAACGCAAAACGUCCUAUAGUGGCAAGGGAAACAAUCAGCAACAAGAUAAACUCAAAUCCGCUUUACAACCCCCUCCCCAACACUACCGCAAUGGUUCCCCAUAUCCUCAUAACAUCUACCCAGGACAGCAACAGGCUGGCAUGUUACAUCCUGCUCAACAGUUUCAGCAACCUGCAGGUCCUUCAGGACCAGGGAUGUAUGCUCAACGUAUGAUGAUUGAUCCCCAGUAUCCAUAUCCUGGACAGAGACCCCUCAUGUCCAGGCCACCGGGGGACCAUGGAACUCAGCAUAUACCUCACUACAACAUGCAGGGUUCCCACAUAAAUGGUCCGCAUCUUGGUCCCAGAUACCCAGUUGGACCUGAUGGUCGGCCAGUUCAAGCUCCACAUCAACAACAUUCCUAUCCUGGUCCCACUCAUGGUCCUUCUCUUGGCCCAAGGCCAAUGGCCCUUCAGCCUGGAGGUCUCUGUGCCCCUCCAUCUGAAGGCAACAUGUACCCUUCCCGCCAAUAUCCAGAAGGGCAAUCCAUGCAGCCUGUGGGGAACCGAUACUCCAGCCCUGGUGUCCCAAUGCAUAGUUCCUAUCCUCCUUAUGGCCCCCAUGGCAUAAACAUGCCCAGAAUGUGGCCACCCAUGAACCAUCAGGGGCAGCCGACACCUGGUGGACCUAUGAUGCAAGAACAGAGUGCAACUAGCCAGCAUCCAUACAAUCACAACAUGAUCCGUCCUCCACACAGUACUGGUUAUGCAAUGACAAAUGGUCAAUAUAGAAUGCCCUCUGUCAACUCCCAAGGUCCUAUUGGCCAAAGACCACCAGCGGCCCCUCAGGUCUCAAGGCCACAUUUGGCAUCCAUGCUUGAUAGUCCAGAGAUGAUUGCCCUCCAGCAGCUCUCGACCUCAUCAUCUCAUCAUGUUGGGAGCUUUCAGUCAUCCCCACAAAGUGGUGGUAAUACUUUAGGUUCUGCUAGACUCUCUUCACCUGAAAACCAUCCACUCAUGCCUUCUAGAGAUUGUGUUGUAGACAACCAGCACACUCCCAUAUCCCCUAAAGGUUCAAGUCCAAAAUCUGGUGAUAAACAGUCAACCGAGACUGCUCUGACUAAGGCUGACAACCAUUCUCUUCCCAAUCCAACAGAAACAUCUGAGCAUCCUCCACUAGGAACAGCUUCGGCAUCUGUGUCCACUCCAAGUAUGGAAGGUCCCAGUCAUAAUGAAGAUGGAUAUAGACUGUCAAAUCCAGAGAAAAUCCAAAAUGGUGACCACCCAAAUUCUCAAACCCAACCAGGUUCCCUAAUGCAAAAAUUUGUAGAUGAUUCUUCGAUUCCCCAAAAUAGUCCUCAGCCAAUGACCCAUGAUGAAAUUCCCCAGAACCCCUCUCUACAAAUCCAUAAACAUGUUCCACCACAGUUUCUUCAGAAUGGUUCUCCACGUCAGUCUCAGAAUGUACCUCCACAUAUUCCACAGAAUCUUCCACAGCAGAUGCCACAAAAUGCAUCUAAUCAGUACUUUCAGAACGGCUCACAGCAAAUACCACACAAUGGAUCUGUUAGAGGCCCACAUGCAGGACCUCUUCAUGGAAUGCCACAGAUUCCUCCUCAGGGGGGUCAGCCAGGUGUUCAUCAGCCUGCAACCCUCAGCUCUUUACCUCCUAGCCACCCUGUAUCCCAUCCACUUGCUCAGCCCUCUCCGGCUGAUCAGGGAGACCAAAGGCCUUGUGAGCCUACCAACAGGAAAGUAUCAGGAGAGAGUAAAGCUUCCCAAGACAGCAGCAAUGCUAAUAUGAUGACUGAUUGUCCCAGUGGGCUUUACAAGCAACAGCCCUUCAGUCCAAAGUCACAAACCCAGCUGGGAAGGCAGGAGCCAGCACCUCAAAACCAGGCUCCUCCAGCACACUCUCAGGGUCCAGAGAGCAACACUGAGCUCCAAUAUGGUGUAAGCGAGCAACAGUUUGGCCCACAGAUGGGUAGACCAUUACAUCCAUCAAAUCACCAGCCAUACCCAAACCAGGGACCUCCAUCACAGGGUAAUAACCCUAAUCAAAAUCCUGCACACUAUCCUGGAUAUCACCACCAAGGUGUUCCUUACCAGUAUCGCAUGGCCACACAGCAUCCUCAGGGCCAUCCCAGCAUGCAUCCUCAGUUCCAGCAGCAUCAGCAGUUCUAUCAGCACCACCGACAUGGCAGACCUGGAUUUUCACAUGAGGAGUGGCCUAGACCUCCAUACCAGUCUCAACACCCAAUGAUCCCCAAUUCUUACCAAUCACCAUCCGUUGGAAGUUUUAAUGGGCGACACAAGGACAGCAGCAUGUCUCCACAUGGCUCGGAUGGAUCUGGUGGGAGCUUAAUGUCACCCAGUCCUAUACCCGACGGGUCUCAUAGCAGUGCUUUGGAGAAUCGGGAGGGUAGCAGCCCUGCCAAGCAGGCAAGAACUGAAGAGCCUUCUGAACGCUCAGAGAGCCCAAAAGAGAUCUUAGACUUGGACAGCCACAAUGCUUCAGCCCGGCAUCGUACUUCAGCUCAGCUGCACCCCAGUUUCCCAUAUGGGACUCGUGGCAUGCAUCCCAGCAUGCAGCAAAGUGGUGCUCAUCCACCCCAUAUGAUGGCAAGUGGGCCAUAUUCUGGCCAGCAUUUUCCCAGUGCACAUUUUGCGCCACAGCAUCCUCAUCCACAUUUGAUGGAAGCUUUACAGAGGCCCCAGCACCUGCCUUUCUCUCCAGGUCAAUCUCGAAUGGUUAUGUACAGGCAUCCAAAUGUUGCUGGGCAGUUCCAGGGAAUGAUGGUUUCACAAAGAGCAGUGGUUGCAGAACACUUACUUCGCACUGGGCACCAAAUGUUGGGAACACCCACUCCCAAUGGCCCAGGCAAUAAACAAGGUGUAUGAAAAAAAAAAAAAGAUUUAUUUGGCAACCCAAGGAAAAACACUGCUUUGUCCUGGAAUAUACAAGGAAAUGGAGGCCACAACUAAAACUAGGAAGAUUGAUUGUACUUAUUUGCUGAAAAAGGCAAGUUAUUGUACCAAUUGGAGCUGAGAUCCUACCCAUGUUGAUAAGAUGUUGGGUCAAUGACCAUUGACCAGUGAAUCGUCAGUCCUGUUAAUACUGUUUAAACUCGAUUAUACUGGUUGCAGCUUCUCUUCUCAACCUGGAAUGUCUUUGGACUCAUUCUCUACAAAGGAACAACAUGUCCAAGCUCCUUUGCAUGGGCUGUUUCUGUCAGUUUUUGUCCAUGAGAAGAGAAAGAUGCCAUUAAACAGUGACAAAGUUAAACUCAGAUGUAGUAAGGAACGUACUGAGACUACUUUAGUUUUUUCCAAGCUUCAUGGACAAACUAGACUGUUGCCUUCAUGUACUUGUUGAAUGUUCUGUGAACGAUUUUAGAUGUAGUAAUUCAACUCAAUGAAUAAAAGUUGGAUCUUCUGCUCCACUGGGAAACACCACACCUGGAGUGUAUUAAUGAGGUGGUGUUCAUCUCAACUAAAGCAUAGUAUCCACUUUAUUUCUGGUGAUGUACAUUCUUUUAAUGCCACUUCAAUUUGAAGAUUGUCUUUGACUGGCAGAGAACUUGGCUGCUUUAUUUGUUAUGCACUAGGAAUAGUCUUUCAUACUGGAGUGAGUGGCCUUGGACAUAAAUUAGAUGUGUGCUUCUUAGUAUGGGACUAAAUUCUAACUUUUCACUUAAGUUGUCUCUAUCUCGUAUGUGUUGUCUUGUUCCCUAUUAAUGUGUCCUGCUAUAUUAUGUAUGCACAGAAUGAAUCAGAUUUUAGAGACCUCUUAAUAUUUACAGUCUACUAGUAAUCCAUAGCUUUUGGGGUUCCUUGAAGGCUGGUUUAUUGUUUGUGACCUGAUAUCUUUCUUCAUUGGCCAUCGGUCUUAAAAUAUUUUUCACAUAUUGGAAUGAAAAUUAAAUUUGUCACAAAUUACCAGCUGGAGUCACAAUACUAACGAUGCAUUAGAUGGUGAGUAUAUAUCAGCCUUUACACUGACUCCUUUUAUUGAAUGGGGGAAAUGCCGAUGUGCUCAUAUUUUACAUGAAUGCUUCCUCUUUUAAUUCAAAUUACUGAAUAUGUCCUCAGGGUGUCGUGGUUUUAAUACGGGUAUUGUCGAAUUAAUAUUUAGUGAAAAAAUUACAAUGAAAUGUCACUGGAACUGUGAUUAACUUAUAUUCAUCUGUGAUCUUCAGUACAGACGCAGGAACCAGACAAGCAGUACUUGUCUUGUGGUUAAUGUGAUUUGUCUCACAGUUCUUUGAAUUAGUUUAAUUUUUGUUUUGAAUGCUUACAAGGGCUGACCGGAAAAUGGAGUAGAAUGGUUUUGUUUAUUUUCAUUGCUCUUCCUAUUGUUGUCCUGCACUAAAUGAAUUACUUUGAAUAUCAGCUUGUUUUGUGUAUACAGCUUGUGUCUGUAUGGUCUGUCUGACUUACUGUUUUAUUCAGCUCAUCAACAAACCAUUAAAUAGUAACGGCAAUUUGUGAUA